AUGUUGAGUCCCCUCCAGAAGUGCGGCUCGGAGGGUUGUCUCCUAGAUUGUGACUUCCUGCCAUGGCAACGGAGCACCCUUCGGAAGCAACAUCAGAGCUGUGAGGAUCCGGAGCCAAGGAACAACUGUGAAAAGCAGGAGAAACCUUGCACCCCAAGCAUUCGUUUAGAUGACACCGAAGUGGUCAACUGUCCUCAGCUCCCACUCCAAGACCCGGGAGGGUUCUGGCGCUCCCGAAGCGAGGGACGCUUAGAUCAACAAGGGGUACCAUGCCCAAAGGGAACUGAGGAAGGGGACAAAACAGGAAGUGGGUGGAGCUUGCCGUCCCCCAAAUCUUUGAGGAAAGAGCGACAACUCUGCGAGAAAGUGGCAGCAGCAAAGCAACAUCUGAAGAAUUUCUUUGGAGGGUCAAACAAAUCACUAGCCUCCAGUGUGGAAUCGGACAUCGGGUCAGACUGCGAUGGCAGCCAUCACAACACACAGCAGAAGCAAAAACAUCCCCGAAAGAAGAACAAAAAGAAUUUCCUAAGGUUGUGGAGCUCAGGAAAUCAGGACCUCCAGUCGCUAAGGCCAACUCCCGAGGAAGCCCAUCAAUGGGCAGAAUCGUUGGAAAAACUGCUACUACACCCAUAUGGUCGAGCUGCCUUCCAUGCUUUCUUGAAAUCAGAAUUCAGUGAAGAGAACCUGGACUUCUGGAUGGCCUGUGAAGAUUAUCGUAAACUCCGAGGGUGUGACAAGCUCCAGGAGAGAGCAAAAAAGAUUUUUGACCAAUAUAUCACCAUCCAAGCUCCAAAAGAAGUGAAUCUUGAUUCCCAGACCAGAGAUGUCACCAAUCGGAACAUUUUGCUCCCCACCCGGUCUUGCUUUGACCAAGCCCAGAAGAGGAUCUUUGGGCUGAUGGAGAAAGAUUCUUACCCCCGAUUCCUUCGUUCUCUCUUCUAUCAAGAUCUGGUACAGCCUGAUAAAGAGCAGCCGAAUGGCCCCUUGUAAACCGGCCCACCUAGCGAAGGAGACACCUAGAGACGGCCAUGCUGUUCAGGAUACGGACAAGCCGAGGACGUUUGGGACCGAUGGAGUGUCCUUUGUCCUAUUCCACUGAGAUGGUGAACGUGCCCCAUCCAUAAACAUUAUGGUGGAUAAAAGAGACGAUGGACUCUUGCUCAUGUGGCAUGGACAAGUGGCUUUGAGGGGUCCUUGGUCCUCUCUUGAGCUUGCUUGUUUUCUUUCAGGCCUUUCAUUACCCAAACUAGGUAACAUCAUCAGUGCUAGUACAAGUGGCUUUUGUGGGGGGGACGUCAGUAAAAACAUUAGAAUUCUAGAAGGACAGGCGGAAUUGUGCCUGUUUUGUUCAAAACAAACAAAAGGAGCUGUUUGUCAGGGCCUAUAAAGAUGGGCGAGGCCUGUCCUGCUGCUGGCAUAGUAUCACGCAGGUUGGAAAAUGAAACGGUUGGUUGCCUGGUGUAUUUAUAAGUCUGUUUCAGCUCGGUCUCCUCUGACGGGCAGAAUUUCUCCAAGGUCUUAGAGAAGAUUGUUUUCCACACCCCGUUGUUAUAGAAAUAAUUUGGGAUUGGAGUUGGGACCUCCGUGUGUUUGUUACCCUCAAUGUGUGAAAUUAGGCAUUUUAUAGACGGCCGAGGGCAGGGUCCCCAACCUGUAGGCCGCAGACAACUAAUGGGCUGUGAGGAAGGGUGGGCUGCUACAGGUUCACCCGGGUUCGGGAGAACCCGUAGCUAACAUUAUGACCAGUUCAGAGAACCUCC